AUGGGAGAUCUUGAUAGCAAACCAUUCCAUGAGGCAACCAAGGGAGAAUUUUCAGGUAGAGAAGCAGCUCAGAAAGCACUUGAGUUGUGUUCACUAUGGGAAGAUCAGCUUCGAGAUCGGAGCUGGCAUCCAUUUCAGGUCAUCGCUGAUAAGGAAGGGAAGAGUGAGGAAAUAAUAAACGAAGAUGAUGAAAACUUGAGAAGUCUGAAGAGUGAGCAUGCAGAUGAAGUUUUUAAUGCCGUGGAAACAGCCUUGAAGGAAAUGAAUGGGUAUAAUCCAAGUGGUAGGUACAUAAUACCAGAGCUCUGGAAUUUCAAGGAGGACAGGAAGGCAAUACUGAGUGAGGGACAAAAAUGGCAAGCACUAGAUUCCUCUAUAGUAACAAUAUCAUUUUGCACUCGUCAAACUCGCCUCCAAUCUCUCGCCUUCCUUGAAUCCAAUUUAGGCGCUUACACCACCACUACACAAACGCACAACAAUAUAAGCAUCUCCCUUAUUCCGGGACCAACACUUACAACCAUUUUCAAAUUCGAUCAAAUUCCUCUUAACUUCAAACCCACAAUUCCUCUUCAAAUCCUUAAACUCCACAACUCGAUGGACAUGAGACAUGAGGGAGAGGAAUUGAGAAUUACUACUCUUCUUAUUGAGAAUAUAGAGAAAUUGAAUGAAGUUAAGGAAAAUGUUUUUGAGGCAUUUGAUGUUCAUGUUCAUGUAGUGAGUCAUGUGCCUCAUGUGUGUGGUGUUAAAGGAAAUGGAGCAAGAGUAGUUAUGGAUGUAGCAAAAGUUAAGGCCUCCUUCAACAACUAA